AUGGACAUCCAGGGCCUAGGAUUCCAUACACAGCCCUGCACCUACUUCCAGGUCAUGAGAACAGACUGUACCACUGGGGUGAUCAGCUCAAAGGCUAAGGGGACCAAGGGGCAGAUCUCAAGGCGGCCUGGGCGCCCGAGGGCGCACGGAGUGCGAGCACGGGGCGGCGGCACAGGAGUGCGGGUGCCACCAGGUGCAGCCCACAGAGGUGACAGAUCGCAGAGAAGCAACUUACGGGGAAGAGCUCCGGGACAUAAUAACAGGUACCUGGCCAAGCUGUCCUCAGUGGGGAGCAUCUCAGAGGAAGAGACCUGCGAGAAGCUCAAGGGCCUGAUCCAGAGGCAGGUACAGAUGUGCAAGAGGAACCUAGAGGUGAUGGACUCAGUGCGCCGCGGUGCCCAGCUGGCCAUUGAGGAGUGCCAAUACCAGUUUAGGAACCGGCGCUGGAACUGCUCCACACUCGAUUCCCUGCCUGUCUUUGGCAAGGUGGUGACUCAAGGGACCCGGGAGGCGGCCUUUGUGUACGCCAUCUCUUCAGCAGGUGUGGCCUUUGCAGUAACUCGGGCAUGCAGCAGUGGGGAGCUGGAAAAGUGUGGCUGUGACCGGACAGUACAUGGUGUCAGCCCUCAGGGCUUCCAGUGGUCAGGAUGCUCAGACAACAUUGCCUAUGGCGUAGCGUUCUCACAGUCAUUUGUGGACGUGAGGGAGAGAAGCAAGGGUGCCUCAUCCAGCCGGGCCCUCAUGAACCUCCACAACAACGAGGCUGGAAGGAAGGCCAUCCUGUCACACAUGCGGGUGGAGUGCAAGUGCCACGGGGUAUCAGGCUCCUGUGAGGUAAAGACGUGCUGGCGAGCCGUGCCACCCUUCCGCCAGGUGGGCCACGCACUGAAGGAGAAGUUCGAUGGUGCCACUGAGGUGGAGCCACGUCGAGUGGGCUCCUCCAGAGCACUGGUGCCACGCAAUGCACAGUUUAAGCCGCAUACGGACGAAGACUUAGUCUACUUGGAGCCCAGCCCAGAUUUCUGUGAGCAGGACAUACGCAGCGGCGUGCUGGGCACAAGGGGCCGCACAUGCAACAAGACAUCCAAGGCCAUUGAUGGCUGUGAGCUGCUGUGCUGUGGCCGCGGCUUCCACACGGCUCAGGUAGAGCUGGCUGAACGCUGCAGCUGCAAAUUCCACUGGUGCUGCUUCGUCAAGUGCCGGCAAUGCCAGCGGCUCGUAGAAUUGCACACGUGCCGGUGACUGCACACAACCUAUGCCCAGCAACCACCUAAGUGGCCCAGGGAAGGCCAGUAAUUUAAAGUCUCCCACCACCUA